AUGGCGGCAUCCCACCACACGUCGCUAGUCUCCACAGCAAGCACUCUUGCCAGUCCGCGGCUGUCGUAUCCGUCAGCCGUCUCCCGCCUCUCCUCCGCGCACGCUUCGUCGUCGCCCAUCGCUACCCCUCUUUCCGCUCCUAUCCGCGUUCCCGCACCCCAUGGCACCGCUGCCGCAAUUACCUUAUCCCGCCGAGCCGCCUUCCUCGCCGCCGCGGCGGCGAGAGGACCCCUGCGUUGCUCGCGUCGCCGCCUGGCAGUGGCCGUGCGAUCAGCGGAAGGGGACGCCGCCGGGCCGCGGGACCAAAUAACUUCUGCGGAACCGCAACCGGCGGAACGAUCACCGGCGGAAGCAUCGGCGGCGGAAGCGCGAGCAGCGGAAGCAGUAUCCGGAGCAGAAGCGGGAGCGGAAGCCGUCGUUGUUGCAAGCGCGGAUUCGGUUGGCGGCGGUAGCGUCGCGGGGAAAGAUGCGGCGGCGGAAGUAGAGAAAGGGAACUGGUCAACGUCGUGGGAGCCCAAGGCGGCGCUGGGCGUGCUGCUGCUGUCCGUGCCCGUGGUGCCCGCGCUGCCGCGCUGCCAGUGGUCCGCGCCGCUCUACUUCGGCCUGCUCGCGCUCUGGGCCGUCUACGUGGGCAGCCACCGCAGCCUCACCCGCCCCCCAGUGCAGGCGGUGAGCAUGCAGCAGGGCAUGGCAGUGCCCGUGCUCUGCUCCGUCACGCUCUUCUCGCUCUACUGCCUGCUGCGCUUCGCCCCGGACUUUGACCUGCGCGUGCUCUUCUCCUCCUACCUCACGCUCGUGGGCGGGGUUGCAGUGGCCAGCCACCUAGCUGACCCGCUCAAGGCCGCUCUGCCCAAGGAGAUCAACGACCGGCUGUCCGUCACGCUAGACAUCCCCUCGUGGCUAUUAGAGAGCUCCUCCUCCUCCUCCUCCUCCUCCUCCUCCUCCUCCUCCUCCUCCUCCUCCUCCUCCUCCUCCUCCUCCUCCUCCUCCUCCUCCUCUCCCUCCUCUACCCCCUCCUCCUCCUCCACCUCCUCCUCUUCCUCCUCCACCCCCUCCUCCUCCUCGUCCCCACCUGCACCAGCAGUGCUCACCCUCUCUGCAACCGACGUGCUCUCUGCUGCCCGUGAGUCACACCGGGCCCUCUCACAGGGGCUUGGGCAUGGCGAUGGCGGUGGCAUCAGUGCAACCCUCGGCGCCCUUCUCCCUGGGCAACAUCUGGGCAUGGCGAUGGCGGUGGCAUCAAUGCAGCCCUCGGCGCCCUUCUCCCUGGGCAACAUUGUGGCCGUCUGCAUUGUCUCCGAGGUGCUGCAGAUGCUCUCCCUCCGCAGCUUCGCGGUGGCGUCAGCAGUGCUGGUGGGGCUACUGCUGUACGACGUGUUCUGGGUGUUUGGCUCCUCGCCCAUCUUUGGCGACAACGUCAUGGUCACGGUGGCCACAUCGGACGCCUUAGUGGGCCCCAUGAAGCUCGUCUUCCCUCGAUGGACGGUUGAUGCUGCAUCACCCUACUCCAUUCUAGGCCUGGGAGACGUCGCAGCGCCGGGCCUGCUCAUGGCACUCAUGCUCCGAUUCGACUCGCACCGCUCCUCCUCCUCUGCAGCCGCCGCCGCCGCUGCUUCUGCAGCAGACACUCCCACCAAGGAUUCAACAGCGCAGGGCGAGGCUAGCAGCAGCAGCAGCAGCAAAGGGGCGGAGGGCAAGCAGCAGGGGAUGGUUGUGGCAGCGGUGGGGGACGGUGCUGCAGGGCUGGAGGACAAAACGUACUUCCUCGUCUCUGUUGCUUCCUACCUCGCUGGCCUCGCCAUCACCAUUGGAGUGAACACAGUGACAGGAGCAGCGCAGCCGGCCCUGCUGUACCUGGUGCCGUCAUUGCUGCUGGGCGUGUCAGCAGCUGCAGCAGCGCGGAGCGAGCUGGAUGUGCUGCUGCGCUUCGAUGACACCGCUGCAGGGGGUGCUGGUGGGGACGGCAUGGAGGGGGGUCUGCUUUUCAAGCCUGUGCCGGUGCAAAGGGAGGGUGACCGAUCGAGGGAGUGA